AUGGGUAUCCUCGAUCUUGCCGACGAACUUUUACGAAUUAUCCUCGAACAUGUCGCCUCAGAACCAGAAAAACUCAUUAGCUUGGAACGUCGCGCAUAUCUGUCACAAGAGAGCUUCAAACCACCUCCACCAAUCGAACCGGACCAGGCCCAAACAAUCGCGAACCUGAGACUCACAUGCAGGAAGUUUGCAGACCUCGGCGCCAUCCACCAAUUCUCCAGAGUGACGACACGAUUCUCAAGGAGAGGCCUGAAGCGCCUGGAAAAUAUUGCAAGCCAACGGCAUCUGGCUGAGCGGGUGAAGAAAUUUAGCUACAUGGUGCCCUUCUUCUACGUAGAAGGACGAGAACGUGUGCAGGACCUCCUUCCAACAUUACCAGGCAACCUCGGACUCCUUGACGCUAGUCACUUUGUGCAGAAAGUGAAGGAACAAAAGGAUAUUGUCCGCACACAAGAGGACGCCCGAGUCUUGACGCUGGCCAUAUCGGCUUUUACAUCGCUUCAGCACGUCCAAAUACUAAGACUACAGGAUCAAGAGGACGGCAUGCUCAUGCAGUACAUCCGGACACAUGACGAAGUCAGCCAGAUGGUGGAACUGAAAUGGCCGCCAGCUUGUCUACAUUCAACAAGGACAAUAGGUGAGGCACUGAUUGCAUCAAAAUCGCAAUGUUCCAGGUUUUCAUCACCUAUGCUCAGUCCAGUGAGCGUAUUGGGCGCUGCAAACAAUCCGCCUACCGCAAUGAGACUCCUCGCAGAACGACUUACGUGUCUCGAACUCCACUUCGACGACGGGAUAGAUCUGGACCAACGGAUGAGGGACCUUUCAUCACUGUCAAAGGCUGUAUUUACAUCCGCGAAAAACAUAGAAGCCGUACACAUUGGAUUCCCUUCGCACAGACCACUCACUUUAAAGCUCGAAGAGAUCUUCCACAACGUCAAGUGGGAUAAACUACAGGCUUUUGGUAUACAGGCGUGGCGACUCGAUGCCGAGGAGAUUAUUGCACUGGCCGGGAGACAUAGAGAAACGUUACGCGGCCUGAGGUUACGAGACGUGCUGUUGAAGGAGGGGAGCCGGUGGAGGGAUGUACUUUCGUUUCUUCGAGAGGAUAUGUCUAGGCUGGACUGGGUCAGUCUCCGGCGGAUAGACUAUGAAAAGCAUUUCGACGACGCAUGGAUAAUGGGUGCAGAGGUACCAGACGACCCUCUAGGGAGCGACAGCAGCGAUGAGAGUGACGAUUGGGAUCUACACGAAGACGAACUCGAUCACGUCGACGCACAAGACGAAGCGUACGUCAGCGACGGCUCGGUGGACGACUCCGAUUCGGAUGCAGGUACGGACGAGCCCGAACAAGGAGGCAACUUGCAUUUCCCACCGUUGUCUCCGGAUACACCCGCCUCAGUACCAUGGUGCAAUUGCAACGGUCACAUGGAUAGCGUAGAAGUACUGGGCGACGACGGGAUACUAGUGACUUACCAGCAGCGGAAGUUCUGGGAGAAGUGGGUCGUCAGAAAGAUGUGCACCGAGCAGCAUGGCCACAAAUGA